AGCCGUUGUGGUCUUAUUGCCGCCACCAUGUGUGGGAUUCUUGCUGUUCUCGGCUGCGUCGAUAACUCCCAAGCCAAACGUUCCCGUAUCAUCGAACUCUCUCGCAGAUUGAGGCAUAGAGGUCCUGAUUGGAGCGGGCUCCAUUGUUAUGAGGAUUGUUACUUGGCUCAUGAGCGUUUAGCCAUCGUUGACCCCACUUCUGGAGACCAACCACUCUAUAACGAAGACAAGACUGUCGUUGUCACGGUCAAUGGGGAGAUAUACAACCACAAGGCAUUGCGUGAAAAUCUGAAAUCUCACCAGUUCCGUACUGGGAGUGAUUGUGAAGUGAUUGCUCAUCUUUACGAAGAACAUGGAGAAGAAUUUGUCGACAUGUUGGAUGGCAUGUUUGCAUUUGUCCUUCUUGAUACUCGGGACAAAAGUUUUAUCGCUGCGAGGGAUGCUAUUGGUAUCACCCCACUCUACAUCGGGUGGGGUCUCGAUGGUUCUGUCUGGUUUGCUUCUGAGAUGAAAGCGCUUAGUGAUGACUGUGAACAGUUUAUGUCUUUCCCACCAGGCCACAUCUAUUCGAGUAAACAAGGUGGGCUUAGGAGGUGGUACAACCCACCGUGGUUCUCUGAGCAGGUUCCUUCAAUCCCAUAUGAUCCCUUAGCAGUGCGCAAUACUUUCGAGAAGGCUGUCAUAAAGAGACUAAUGACCGAUGUGCCUUUUGGUGUCCUUCUCUCUGGAGGAUUAGACUCAUCCCUUGUUGCUUCAGUGACUUUACGUCAUCUUGAAAAAUCAGAAGCUGCUCGUCAGUGGGGUUCUAAGUUGCACACAUUUUGUAUCGGUCUUGAGGGAUCCCCGGAUCUUAAAGCUGGCAAAGAAGUCGCUGACUAUCUAGGAACUCGCCACCACGAGUUACACUUUACAGUUCAGGAAGGGAUAGAUGCCAUUGAAGAAGUUAUAUACCAUGUUGAGACCUAUGACGUGACUACUAUAAGAGCCAGCACUCCGAUGUUUCUUAUGUCGAGAAAAAUCAAGUCGCUUGGCGUAAAGAUGGUUCUCUCUGGGGAAGGUUCUGAUGAAAUUUUUGGAGGAUAUUUGUACUUCCAUAAAGCACCCAACAAGAAGGAGUUUCACGAGGAGACAUGCCGAAAGAUCAAAGCUCUUCAUCAAUAUGAUUGCUUGAGGGCUAACAAAUCAACUUCUGCAUGGGGUGUUGAGGCUCGUGUACCAUUCCUCGAUAAGGAAUUUAUAAAUGUCGCCAUGAGCAUCGACCCAGAGUGGAAGAUGAUCAAGCCUGAUAUGGGAAGGAUCGAGAAAUGGGUGUUACGCAAUGCCUUUGAUGAUGAGGAAAACCCUUAUCUGCCAAAGCACAUUCUAUACAGGCAGAAAGAACAGUUCAGUGAUGGAGUUGGAUACAGCUGGAUUGAUGGUCUGAAAGAUCACGCAAACAAACAUGUCUCCGACACGAUGCUGACGAACGCAAGCUUCGUCUUCCCGGAUAACACACCUUUGACAAAGGAAGCUUACUACUACAGAACAAUCUUCGAAAAGUUCUUCCCUAAGAGCGCUGCUAGAGCGACUGUACCAGGAGGCCCGAGUGUGGCAUGUAGUACAGCAAAAGCUGUAGAAUGGGAUGCGGCUUGGUCACAGAAUCUUGACCCGUCAGGUCGUGCGGCUCUUGGAGUUCAUGUUGCAGCCUAUGAGGAAGAUAAAGCCGAAGAAGAUCCUCGUCCCGAGAAACUACAGAAACUGGCAGAGAAAACUGAAGCCAUUGUUUGA